AGCGCUGCGGGCAGGCUGUGUCCUGUUCCUGCCCCAGCAGAACCCGCCAGGACACCGCGAGCUGGGCUCCAGCAGCGCCCGGGGCAGCGCCGCGUGCGGAGCCGUGACAAACAGCGACAAACACCCCCCGGCCCCGGGGACGCCGCUACCGACGGAAAAACGGGACAAACAGGGACAACAGAGCCAUGGCCUCCUUGGCUCACGCCGGUGACCCCCGGCCCGCCCCAAAACAAACAGCUCGGUGUUUGCUCGGCGCACCGGCAGCGCCAACGCCGCCGCUAUAAGUGCGCGGCGGGCGCGGCGCGGGGCAGUGCCGGAGGGAAGGAUGCCGCUCUGCGACACGGGCUGCGCGCCGCGGGACGGCGCCUGGGGCCAGGUGAGCUCCGCGGCGGCGGGCGGGGCGUACCCGAAGCGAGUGAAGGUGGUGGAGGUGGGACCCCGCGACGGGCUCCAGAACGAGAAGAAUCUUGUGCCCACCUCGGUGAAGAUCAAUUUAAUCAACAUGCUGUCAGAGACAGGGCUGCAGGUCAUAGAGGCCACCAGCUUCGUGUCCCCCAAGUGGGUUCCUCAGAUGGCUGAUCACACCGAGGUCCUGCAGGGCAUCAACAAAUGCCCUGGCAUCAGUUACCCUGUGCUGACUCCAAACCUGAGGGGCUUCCAGGCAGCGGUGGCAGCAGGGGCCAAGGAGGUGUCAAUCUUUGGGGCAGCAUCUGAGCUGUUCACCCAGAAAAACAUCAACUGCUCCAUCGAGGAGAGCCUGGAGAGGUUUGAGGAGGUGAUGAGGGCAGCGAGGGAAGCCAGCAUUCCUGUCAGGGGGUAUGUUUCCUGUGUCCUUGGAUGCCCCUAUGAAGGGAAGAUUUCUGCAGCCAAAGUUGCAGAGGUCUCCAAGAAGAUGUACUCCAUGGGGUGCUACGAGAUCUCCCUGGGGGACACCAUCGGCGUGGGCACCCCGGGCAGCAUGAGGGACAUGCUGGCACUGGUCAUGAAGGAGGUGCCCGUGGGGGCUCUGGCUGUGCACUGCCACGACACCUACGGCCAGGCCCUGGCCAACAUCCUGGUGGCCCUGCAGAUGGGGGUGAGCGUGGUGGACGCCUCCGUGGCCGGCCUGGGGGGGUGCCCCUAUGCCCAGGGAGCCUCUGGCAACGUGGCCACCGAGGACUUGGUGUACAUGCUGCACGGGCUGGGCAUCCACACGGGGGUGGAUCUGCAGAAGCUGAUGGACACUGGCACCUUCAUCUGCAACGCCCUGAACAGAAAAACCAACUCCAAGGUGUCUCAGGCCUCCUGCAGGCUGUGACACUGAGUGGGAUUUCUCCCUGGAGCAACAAGGUCCAGCCCUGGCUGGGAUUCCUGCCUGACUUCUGAGCUCAGAACUUGAGAGGAAGCUCAAAAUCCUCCAGAAUUAGGAAGAAGAGAGGGAAUCUCCUGUGAUAUUUUGUAAUGUUGGACCUUGGGGCUGCCCCCUGUGCCUUGGAGGGGCAGAGGAGAGCUCAGAGCAGAGCAGCAGCUCCUGCCUGCAGGGCCAGGACCAGCUCAGCUUCAGCAGCUCGGGCUGUCCCUCCUCCCUUCCCUCCCUCCACAAACGGCCACGGGCUGAGCCCAAACCUCCCUGGGCUCCCUCGGGGCUGUGCUGCUGCUCUGGGUAUCUGUUGUAAGAUACUCAGCCCAGCAGGAGUAAUAAACACAUUAUUUAAUAAUUAAA